AUGAGUUUUUCACAAAAAAAAAAAAUUCACUCACUCCUCCAAAAAUCAAACCAACAAACAUUCAAUGAUAAUAUUUUAAAUAAUGACAACAACAACUACAACAACAACUACAACAUUGAAAAUGGUAUUGGUUUAAUAGAUGUAUCAUCAUUUACAAAUCUCUCAACUCCAUUCUUAACAUUUAAAAAAGAUGCAUUUUCAAUUCCACCAUCCGUAUCUCCACCAUUGUCACCAAGUCUUUCAUUUGUUAUUGCACCAACUCCGAUUAUUGCCUCUCCAAUUGCUUUGUUGUCUUCAUCGGUAUCAAGUACACCAUCUACCUCUCCAUUUGCUUCUCCAAUUAAACACUUUCAAGAUCCUACUGAUUCUAAUUUAAAUUAUAACAAUAAUAAUAAUAAUAAUAACAACAACAAUAAUAACAACAACAACAACGAUAAUAAUAAUAAUUAUAAUAAUAAUAAUAGUGGUACCUUUAGCUUUUAUGAUAGCAUAAAUAACAACAAUAAUACUCAAGGAUAUUAUUAUUCUAAUGGUUCAUCAUUAUCAUUAUCAUCGUCUUCAUCAUUAUCAUCUCAAAACUCUGGAUACAGUGUUGAAUCAUUCUAUUCACCAUCAAAUUCAUACUCUCCUUUUGAUGAUAGUAUUCUCUCCCCUUCUUUGUGCUUAAUUUCUCAAUCUCCAUCUCAGUUUUUAUCAUCUCAUUCACCAUUUCAAUCAUUUUCACCACCACCAACACCAUCACCAUGUACUAUUCAUAAUAACUUUAACAACAGCAACAUUAAUAAACAAUCAAAUAAUAAUAAUAAUAAUAAUAAUAAUAAUAAUAAUAAUAAUAAUAAUAAUAAUAAUAAUAAUAAUAAUAAUAAUAAUAGUAGUAAUUUAAUAACAUCACCACCACCAAGUUCAUUACCACAUCAACAAUGUCCAAUUCAAGAGAAUAUUCGUAAUGUAAUUAAUUAUUUAGGAUGUUGUUAUAGAUUUGGAAAAGUUGAAAAGAGUACAUUGGUAAAGUAUUUGGAUUUAGCAUUCAAUGAUUUUGGUGUAUCUGCCGAGUAUUUCGCAAAGAGAUCAUUGGAAAAGGAUGCAAUCAUUCCAGACGUUUAUUGUAAAAUGAUGGAUAUGAACAUUGAUAAUUUAUUGAAUGAAUUGGUAAACUUUGGUUCAAAGAGACAUUUCUAUUCAUUUGCAAGAAAGUAUUCAUGUCUCGAUUCAAGAAGUUACUUUGAUGAUUAUAUCGAAGGUACAAUCAUUAAACAAAUCUUGAUCGAAAUUAAAACCACAACCGAUACUGGUACUUUAUUGGUAGAUAAUGAAAAAUUUAAUGAAAUCUAUUCAGAUGGUUUAAUUUGUUUCAAUGAUAGCGAAUUGUUAAACUCAAAAGGUUUCAUUCCAUCAGAAGCUUUACCAUCGAAUCAUAUCACCGAGAAUGUUCUCUCAAAGAAGGAUUCAAAAGCUGCCAUCAACUAUUUCAAUUAUUUAAUUCAUGGUUCGGUAAAAUUAAUCAUUGGUAGAAUUGAAUAUACUUGUGUUGGUUCUGUUGAUAUCCUUCCAAAUAGAAAGUUAUGUGGUAGUUUAAAAAAUAAAUUCUUAAAUGCCUAUGCAAUUCAUCAACAAUUGACUCAACAACAACAACAACAACAACAACAACAACAACAACAACAACAACAACAACAACAACAACAACAAAAACAACAAAUUGGUAAAGAAUUUACUUCUAAAAUGUAUGCUCUCAAAACUAUGAUAAUGACUGCUUUUUAUUAUCACCUUUAUCAUUUCAGUUCAUCCAAUUUUGUAUUACACAAAUAA